UAUGACGGAAGAAGAUAUGGCUACGCUCAUGGGAGGCGCGGCUGGUGGGGUUUUAGGUGCAAUGAUUCCUAAUGUAAAUGCGUAUACAUCGCCACUCUUUGGUUUUAUUGGUGCUUUUUUAAGUAGAAGAGCUUAUUGGAAAUACAAAGAAUCUGAUCCUGCGACACGACGCAGAAAACUAAUUUGUUGGAAUUUAAUAAUUAUCUUUGGACCUAUACCUGCUUCACCUUGCAUAACUUUUAUUUUGUCAUAA